AUGGAUGACUCAAGCGGAGCAAUGAUUAAAUUGACAUCAUCCAACUACUCUAUUUGGAAGCCACAGAUGGAGGAUAUUCUGUUUUGCAAGGAUCUCUAUGGAAGAAGCAGAAAUCGAAAUUCCAACUUCAAGAACUCUCAGAAUAGAAGUAACAGCCGAGGGAGAUCAAAAGGGAGAUCAAAAUCAUUGUCAAGACCAAGAGGAGAAAUCACAUGUUAUCAUUGCAACCAGCCCGGACACAUGAAGAGAGACUGCAGAAUCUUGAAACGGGAACAAGCUAGAGGAAAAGGUGUGGAAAACCGAGAAAAAGAUGAUACUACUGCUGCUGCCACAGAUGGUGAUGUGGUCAUUGUUUGUGAUGCCGGUUUUGUUAACCUUGCUUGUCAAGAGAGUACAUGGGUUGUUGACUCAGGUGCCUCAUUCCAUGUGACCUCACGGGUUGAUCUUUUCUCUUCCUACACAAACGGUAACUAUGGUUGUGUGAGGAUGGGAAAUGAUGGCGCAUCAAAGAUUGUUGGCAUGGGUGAUAUUCAUCUAGAGACCAACACGGGUUGCAAGCUAGUCUUGAAGGAUGUGAGACAUGUUCCUAACAUGAGGCUGAAUUUGAUAUCCACGGGAAAGCUUGAUGAUGAUGGUUAUACCAACUAUUUUGGAGAAGGAAAAUGGAAGCUCUCAAGAGGUUCUCUUGUGGUGGCUAAAGGCAAGAAGGAAAGUACGCUCUACAUGACGAAUGCAAAGCAUAGCAAGGGAGGAAUCAAUGUUGAUGAGAAAGAUUCUUCCAUUGAGCUUUGUCAUAAGAGACUCGGUCAUAUGAGCGAGAAGGGGCUGCAAAUAUUGUCCAAGAAACAACUCUUGCCCGGAGCUAAAGGUACUCUUCUUAAAACUUGUGUUCAUUGUUUAGCCGGAAAAACUCAUAGAGUUGCAUUUCAUAGAUUUCCACCUUCUAGAAGGAGUAAGGUACUUGAUCUAAUUCACACCGAUGUUUGUUUUAUGCGAGAUAAAACUCUUGGUGGUGCAAGCUAUUAUGUUACCUUCAUCGAUGAUCACUCAAGGAAGGUGUGGACAUAUGCUUUGAAAACGAAGGAUCAAGUGCUACAUGUUUUCAAGCAAUUUCAUGCUGAAGUGGAAAGGGAAACCGGCCUUAAUUGA